UUUCGUAGGGGGACUCGACCGAGUUCGAUGCCGGAACAACCACGGAACAAUUCUCACUGUGAACAAGAACCUCUUUUUUGCGCCGUCCACAGUUUCUCUCCGGAGCCAUAACAGAGUGACACAUCUUCUUCGCGGCAGGGAAAGCGGGGAAGAUGGCAGGGUCAAAAUCAGCGCUGGUGCUGUGUAUGGACGUGGGCUUCUCCAUGUCCAACUCUGGCCCGGGUGAGGAGCCUCCCUUCGAACUGGCCAAAAAAGUCAUCCAGAAGUUUGUCCAGCGUCAGGUUUUUGCGGAGACAAAGGAUGAGCUGGCUUUAGUCCUGUUCGGCACAGAAGACACCAAGAACCCUCUGGCCCUGGACAGGCAGUACCAGCACAUCACCAUCCACCGCCACCUCAUGGUGGCUGACUUUGAGCUCCUGGAGGAAAUUGAGAAUCAGAUCCACCCAGAGAGUCAGCAGGCAGAUUGGCUGGAUGCUCUUGUUGUCUGCAUGGAUCUCCUUCAGAAAGAAACUAAGGGGAAGAAGUACGAUCGUCUCAACAUUGCCCUCCUGACAGACCUCAACGCCCAGUCUAGUUCAGACCACCUGGAUGUUAUAAUUGAAAACCUGAAACGAGCUGGCAUCACAUUACAGUUCUUUUUGCCUUUCCCUGUGAAGGACGACGAGGAGGGCGGGGGGAAUGGGGGGAGACGAAGCCCCGGUCACCCAGGCACUGGCAAAGGUCUGUCCAUGGAACAGAAAGACAGUGUGGACAUGAUGAAACACAUCAUGCUGACUCUGGAUGAGGAGGACGGCCUGGAUCAAAUCCAUACAUUCAGGAAUGCAAUUGAGCAGCUGCGCAUGUUCAAGGGAAUCGAGAGGAGACCCAUGGCCUGGCCCUGUCAGCUGACAAUUGGCAGCUCUCUGUCUAUCCGUAUUGUUGGGUUCAAAGCAGUGACAGAAGAGAAGCUAAAGAAAAUAUGGGCCACAGUCGACGCUCAAACCGCCCAGAAAGAAGACGUGAAGAGAGAGACUGUCUACUGCCUGGACGAUGACAACGAGACUGAGGUGCAAAAGGACGACACUAUUCAAGGUUUUCUUUAUGGAAGUGACAUUGUUCCCUUCUCCAAAGUGGAUCAAGACCAGAUGAAGUACACGCACGACGGCAAAUGCUUUGCUGUUCUUGGCUUUGCAAAAGAGAACACGGUACGCCGUCAUCAAUUCAUGGGAAAUCAGGUCAUCAAGAUUUUUGCUGCCAGGGGUGAUGAGCAUGCAGGAGUGGCGCUGUCGGCCGUCAUCCGGGCGCUGGAUGAAUGCAAAAUGGUGGCCAUUGUGCGUUACGCCUACGACCGGCGCAGCAACCCUCAAAUAGGAGCCGCUUUCCCUUGUAUCAAGCGGGACUACGAGUGUCUGAUGUACGUCCAGCUGCCCUUCACAGAAGACCUCAGACAGUUUACGUUUCCUUCUCUUGAGAACAACAAGAAGUUCACACCGUCAGAAACUCAGCUUUCUGCUGUGGACUCUCUCAUUGACUCUAUGAUGUUGGUCGAGGAAGACGAGAAUGGAGAAAAACGUGACAUGUUGAAGGUCCAUCACAUUCCCAACCCUGCCUUCCAGAGGCACUUCCAGUGUCUGCAUCAUCGGGCAGUAUGUCCCGGUACCCCCCUUCCCCCCAUGGAGUCGUGGCUGAAGGCUGCUCUCGAGCGCCCUGAGGUCAUUAGCGAACGUUGCCAAGCUCCUCUCGAGGAGAUGAAGAAGAAGUUUCCACUCACGCAAGUGGAGAAGAAAAAGAAGCUGAAGACUAGUGCUCAGAUUUUUGGCAAAGACUCGGAGGUGCCGGAUGCCAAAAAGGCAAAAGGAGAUGACGAAGAAGAAGAGGAGGAGUAUAAUCUGGCCGACAUUGCUGAAGGCUCUGUUACUUCGGUGGGAAGUGUUAAUCCAGACCGAGACUUCUGCACUCUGAUCAAGAGGAAGAGUCUUCCAUUCGGAGAAGUCUGUCAGCAGCUGACUCACAGGAUAGAGCAGUUGCUUGGCAACAAGAACACACACUACUACAUGAAAAGCAUCACUUGUAUCCAGGCUUUUAGAGAGCAGUCCGUCAAGCAGGGAAAUGCUGAGCUGUACAAUAGCUACCUCCAGUCUUUGAAGAGGAGCAUUCCGAACAGAGGACUCGAGGUCUUCUGGGACCUGCUCGUUCAAGAUGCCAUAACUCUGAUCAGCAAGGACGAGGUUGAUGGAAGCUUCGUGUCCAAAAACGAGGCUAAUCAGUUUCUGGUUGCUGAGGAGAAGAAAGAGGAGACGACUGCACCCCCAGCUGAAGAUACAGGAGAUUUCGAUGACUUGCUGGACAUGAUGUAAGAAGGGAGGCCAUGGGAGAGUCUGCGGUGGCCAUGCAGAGAGAAAUGAGAAGAAUGCCGUCUUUCAGUCUGACCAGACCAAACCAAUCCAGCCGUCCACUGUUCAGCCUCCCACUUGGUGAUACUUUGCAACUGGUGACAUCAAGCAACUGCAUGCAAUACUGCACAGGGUUUGAAUGAACGGGUGUUUACACCAGUAUGUGAAAAAGAAAGACUACUCUUUACUCUAUUCAAAAACUAUGUUUAGGGCUUUAGAUGUGUUUUGUCAUAAAUGCCAGUCUCAAAAUUAUUGUCAAUCGUAUGAAUAUCUGGUUAUAAUUCCUUUUGUAAUAGGCAGUAAUGUUGGACACAGCGAGUGCUUUGAAUGUCGAGAUUUGUGUACACUUGGGAACAUUUGGGACUUCACAGAAGACAGCACCUCAGCAGCCAACAGACUGCAAGUUUAUUAUUUUUGAUCAGUAAAGUUUUAAGUGUUGAAGAAUGCUCAACUUGUUUUAUAUAUUUGUUGGAAAAAAAUACUGAGGAUGAAUACAGUUUAAGUGGCAUCUUUUUGAAAUUGUGGAGUGCAUAGUGGAAUCAUAAUAAACAUAUCUCCUGUUUAAAAUGUUAGAUGAA